CCUCGGUGCGCGGACGACGGCCAUAUUGGUUUAGAUUUUUGUGCAAAAAAGCUUUGCAAAAAGUGAAUAUGUCGUCGAGACAAGUUGGGAAAUACGUUGCAGAUUGGAUAAAAAUUGCCACGAAAGUUCCUGCAGCAGCUAGGGGAGAGUUUUCCGGCUUUCGUUCAAGGCACGAAUCUAUAAAAACAAGGUUAGAAUCACUAUCGGCAAAACCCGAUCCUAUUGACUGGGCAUUUUACAAACAGCAUGUCUCAAAACCUGGUUUUGUUGAGGCAUUUGAGAAAUCGUUUGCAGGAGUGAAGGUACCAUACCCUGAAGAUACAAUGUCACCUGCUAUUAAUGAUGAAGAAAAGGAAUUUGGGAAAAAAUGUGUUGAAGUUAUGCAAGAAACUAAUUCCAAUAUUUCAAGUCUCAAAGAAGAACUUGCACAAUUGAAAGCUUUGAAACCGUUUGAGGAAAUGACUUCUGAUGAAUAUCUUGUUGAUAAACCUGAUCUGAAAAAACAACUGGAUGAUGAGUUUAAGAACUUUAUAUAUAAAUAGAUAUGUGCCUUGAUUGUGCUAUUUCUUUGAAAUUGACUGUUUGUUAAAUAU